AUGAAAUAAAAUGCAGCACACAACGUGUACAGAGGACAGGAUCCACCAUGCAUUGGAGAGAUGCCUCCAUGGCCUUAGCAAAAGCACAUUUUCUGCAAGCACAUGGACAGCUGGGCUUUGUCUGAACUGCUGGACCCUCCAGGAGCUAGUUAAUCGCGAUGCAGGGAACUACCUCAUUCUCCUGGAGAAAAUCCUACAGAAGACUCAAGAGGUCCUAGAAAAUUGUGACUACAAUCUUUUUACGCCAUUGGCCUUACUCUUCAGUGCAACUGUCCUGUCUAUCCCCCAUUUUCCUUCGGAUUCUGAUCUGCUUUUGAGAGCUGUGAGGAUAUAUCGUGAUUUUCUCACCUGGCCUGUGCCGUACUGCAAUAUCUGUCAGGAAUUACUUAACUUUAUCAACGAUGAACUCAAAGCCCCAGGGAUUUCUUUUCAAAGGCUUGUUAAAGAUGAGCAAGGGUUACCUCUAAAAGGCUGUGAGAAUUCUACCGUAACAGUCCUAUUGCUGAAUCCUUCAGAAGUUGAUGGGGAAUUCCUAUCAGUUGCUGAAAAGCUAAGCUCUGCGGACUACUCCCAGCAUACCUUACUAGCGACACUCCUGGAGCACACAUAUCAAGCUAACUUUGGUACCAGAUGCAACCUGGAAAAAUUACGUCAAAUCCUGAAGCUGAAAACUGCAGAAGAACUCAUGAAAAUGUUCACCAGAACCGCAGAAGCCCAGGAGUUGGCAGUUCUGACUAACAAUGAUCCUUCAACUGCUAGAGAACAGCUGGAAUCUGUCUUGCUAGAGAUUGCAAGAACAGCAGGGCUACCUGAAAUAGCAGAUGAAGGCCAGCUGUCUAAACUCCGUGUGAUCCCCAUCCCUGUUGCUCGCUGUCAUGUGUACAGAUGGGAUAAGGAUAAUUUUGAUAUCUUGAAUGAGGUACUAGACAAAGAAGUGGAUUACCCAAAACAAGUUCUUUUGGAGGAUGAAGAGGAGGAGGAGGAGGAGGAGGAGGAGGAGGUUGACAAUGGCUUUGCAAAAAAAGACUGCCUGUUGUCCACCCUUGCCUCAGUCAGGAAAGACUCUAUGUUCUCAACAUUGUCAGAAGAUGACCAUUGUGACUCACAAGUGUCUGUCAUCUCUGCUCUUUCCAAAAACUCUGAGCUCUCCUUCGUCUCUAGGAAGUCCUUGAAAUCUUUUGUCUCCAGUCUGAAAGAUUCUAUGGAUAGUGGCUAUGUGGAAGACAGUGAUGACAACUCUUUAGAUUUGACAGGACGCUUAGAUCUGAAGGAAGAAAAAGUGUCACACAGGCAUCGGCUGAGCAACAGGCUGUACAAGUUGUUCAAGAGCAAGAGCCAGAUGUUCUUGGGCAGAGAUCUGAGAGAUGUUUCUGAGGUAGCCUCAUUGUCGUUGCCAUUACGCCGAGCAGAGAGUCUCUGCAAUCCUGUAGCCAAGGACCGCAUCCCUGCACGAUCCCGACGGGCACAGUCACUGCCACAGCAUAUGCUGAGUGCCGCACUUUUACAAAGCCAUAUAGCACAGAACACUUUUGUCCAACGCAGGCCCUUGUUGAGCUCCGAUGAAGAUACAAAGAUUUCAACACUGCGAGUGGUCGUGUUUGGUUCUGAUCGCAUCUCAGGGAAAGUGGCCCGGGCUUAUAGUAGUCUGAAGAUCCAGGUAUGGGAGGGAUGGAGAGCAGCACAAAUGAUAUCUCAUUCUAUAUAGGUAUGCUGGAUCCCUGGUACGAACGCAAUGUUCUUGAGCUAAUGAAUCUUCCCACCAACGUUUUAUGCCAGCAAUCCAUUAAGCCUGAGGGAGAGUCUUCAGAGGAAACAGCCACCAAACUUCCCAUCCUGGCUGAUAUGAUUCUUUAUUACUGCCGCUUUGCUACCCACUCUAUAUUACUCCAGGUCUAUCAGGCAGAGCUCACUUUCAUUGGUGGGGGGAGAAAAAGUGAGAUCUUCAUCCACUCCCUUGAGUUGGGCCACUCAGCAGCUACACGGGCCAUCAAAGCCUCAGGUCCAGGUUGCAAGCGUCUUGGCAUAGAUGGAGACAGAGAAGCAAUCCCACUAACACUACAGAUCACUUACAGCAAGAGGUCAGUCAGUGGAAGGAGCCGCUGGAAUGACAUUGAAAAAGUUUGUACAUCCGUCAACCUUAGCAAGGUGUGUAAGAGGCAAGAGGAACUUGGUCCCAAAACAGAAUGCUUGACUCUUACUGCCACAGAGGUAAUCAAGAGGCAAAGCUCUAAAUCUAAAAAGAGUUUCAAUCAGCAAAUUGGUAUAUAUCAGUUGAAAGUGGACAAAGUCCAGAUCACUGGAGUUAACUGCUCCUUUGCUGUAUGCCUUGAUCAAGAUGAACGGAAAAUUCUGCAAAGUGUUACCAGAUGUGAAAUCUCUGCAUGCUACAAACCCAAGACCAAUGAGCCCUGCAUCAGAAGAAAUUCCACUUCAUUACUUCCUCCCCAAGAUUCCUCUGAUUUCUGCUCUCUUCUGUGCUUGCCAAUUACUACUUUUAGUGGAGCACUUCCUUAAGAAUACCAGAAAGAAUGGACUGGAUCAACCUGCCUCAAAUGCUGACUGAAAUUGCUGCCAAAUUGGGAUCAGCUACCAAAAAUUGGCCAAAAGAAAGAAAGAAAAUUCACGGUUCCUGAGUUGCCUCCUUGGAGUCUUAGAAGGACAACAUCCCAAGCUUAGCAAAUGAAUAUAAAGUGAAAAGCCAUAUCUUAAGAGGUGGAAUAUUACUUCUUUGACUGUUGUUGAGUGUUGCUGAAAUACUGUAUUUGUGGCGCCUGGAAUAAAAGUCAAAAAAGCACAUCUGAAAUGUAGAGAAAGGAUAAGAAGACUGGCCAAUCUAUGUGAAAUUUCAUCCCACGAGAUGAAGAAAUUGCAGUCUUUCCUUUUUCACAGUGUAUCCGAGGAUAUAUAUGAUGAGAACAGGUACUUGGCCUACGAGCCAGUUUAAACCAGCCAAGACAAUGGUUGAAGAAGUUCAGAGACAAGUUGAUAGACUUGGUCGCCAUUCAUGAAUUGCUUUGGCAAUAGCAUCUUUGCAUUAUUUGAGCUGCCUCCUGGAGAUAUGGGCAAGGAGAACAAGGGAGCAGAAAAGAAAAGGCUGUUUUAUUUGGUUAUAUAUUUCUUUCUGUGCCAUUGAUAUAUCUGCAAGCAUUGAAUGAAACGAAAGAGCAAACUUGACAAACGAAAACAUUGAGCAAAAUAAGCUUGUAGGCUAGCAUGAUUUUAUGACAAAUGCAAUGCUUUCCCAUUUCAAAGGGUCUGGAAAAUAUAUUAUUGUUUAUUUAUUGGCGAGUAUCCCAAUUCUUUGGAAACAUUGCUAGAAAAUAUAUGUUAAAUAUCUCCUAUGAUGUGAUCUGUGGAGCUGGGCAGUUUUGGCGAUUGGGGGCUUUUUUCUAACUGAGGGACACAAGAUGACUCCUUGCACUGGCAUGAAUUGUGCCAAGCAGCCCCAGCACUUUACCGAAUGAAAAAUAUAAACCUCAUAAAGAUUCAACAUUCUUAGAUUUGCAGGGGAAAGAUGUAACUUGAACUAGGACUGUUUUAAAUCCAAUGUUUCUGAAACGUUUUUACCUGUUUUUAGAAUUCUUGAUCAAAUCCAAUAGCCUCUAAUAUCUUUGACCAACUCCGAACUUAGCAACUCCAUGGAGUUUCGUCUAAUAUCCAACUC